GCCAGGCCGAGCGUUGGCGGAGUGACUGCAGCGCUGCGAACGCCAGUCGAGCCAGCAGCAGCGCCGAGGACGGAGCUGGCGCCCGUCGCGUGUGCUUAGCUUUUUUCCUCGCUUUUUUCGGCCCUUUCUCUCUCUCUCUCUCUCUCUCUCUAUCUCUCUCUCUCUAUCUAUCUCUCACUUUCUCACCAUUUCCAUCUUCCUCAGUGUCCUGUGUUUCUCCGCCACGAGUCUUUUGUUGUUAACGCGAUCACACACACCACACACACACACACACACACGCAAACCCGCGUCGAGUGUGCAGCAGCAGAUACAGUGUGUUUCGGAGCAGCGCUAUAGCGCAGUGUGUUGCGCGUGAGGGAGAGAAGGAAUCGGAGAAGAGAAUAAAAUUGAUACACAGUGCCUCGAGCGGAAUUGGUUUUCUGGUUCGAAAUUAAUGACAAGUGGUGGGCAGCGUCAGCGGCGGUGGCAACGGCAACGACUACGGCACACAUACUGAAGCGUCGAUGUUAUACAGCAGCAGCCGCAUCGAGGCUGUUGAAACUCGUCGAAUCGAAGCCAGCUCCUCGGCGAGCUGUGUCGAGCAUGUGUGAGAUGACUACGACGUUAUGACAGGCUCACCUUGUUACGGCCGUGAGAAAAAACGUGCGCAUGUGUUUAGUGGCUUAUAAUACUAUUAGCGUCAAGGCCUGCUACGCAAAUCUUAAAACACAGUCGACGCCCCCCGUUGGAUUGUACCAUAACAGGAUGGCGCUCGCGCGACUUUCCGUAAGCGACUGUGCGCCCCAGACGUCGCGGGUGAGCUCGAAUUUGCACAGCAGCAGUAGCAUGGCGGUGAGCCGCGUGCCGAGCCCCCCGCCGCCGGAAGUCAACACUCCCGUAGCCGAGAACUGGUGUUACACACAGGUGAAGGUGGUCAAAUUCAGCUACAUGUGGACGAUAAAUAACUUCAGCUUCUGCCGCGAGGAGAUGGGAGAAGUCCUCAAGUCGUCGACCUUUUCAGCGGGAGCUAACGACAAACUCAAAUGGUGCCUACGAGUCAAUCCAAAAGGCUUGGACGAGGAAAGCAAAGACUACCUGUCUCUCUACCUACUUCUCGUGUCCUGCAACAAAUCAGAAGUUCGGGCUAAAUUCAAAUUUUCAAUCCUUAAUGCCAAAAGAGAAGAAACCAAAGCGAUGGAAAGCCAACGAGCGUACAGGUUUGUUCAGGGAAAAGACUGGGGCUUCAAAAAGUUCAUUAGGAGAGAUUUCCUCUUGGACGAAGCGAACGGUCUGCUGCCAGAUGACAAACUCACGAUAUUCUGUGAGGUAUAUACCUUUGUUAGCGUCGUCGCCGACAGCGUCAACAUCUCUGGACAGAGUAACACGAUACAAUUUAAGGUACCCGAAUGCCGACUACCCGACGAUCUUGGGCUCCUCUUCGAAAACCAAAAAUUUAGCGACGUCACGCUCUCCGUUUGCGGCAAGGAGUUUGAGGCGCACAAGGCGAUACUGGCCGCGCGAAGCCCAGUGUUUUCGGCCAUGUUCGAACACGAAAUGGAGGAGAGAAAGCAGAACAGAGUCGACAUCACCGAUGUUGACCAAGAUGUAUUUAGGGAAAUGCUACGGUUUAUAUACACCGGUAAAUCCCCAAAUCUCGAAAAAAUGGCGGAUGACUUGUUAGCUGCUGCGGACAAAUAUGCACUUGAGAGGCUCAAGGUCAUGUGUGAGGAAGCACUUUGCACAAGCUUAGCCAUCGACAAUGCGGCAGAUAUUCUUAUUCUUGCCGAUCUUCACAGUGCAGAUCAGCUCAAAGCGCAAGCCAUAGAUUUUAUCAAUACGCACGCAACAGACGUCAUGGAAACUCCAGGAUUCAAAUCAAUGGUGACUUCGCAUCCAAAUCUUAUCGCAGAGGCUUUUCGGGCACUCGCGACCCAACAAGUACCGCCUAUCGGUCCGCCACGGAAACGAGUUAAACAGAGCUGAAAGCAGUCACCUCUAACACCGGGUACAACAACAACAUCGCCCCCGCCUCUAUUACAUCCUUCUUGACUUUUGUGUACAGUGAGAAAAGAGUAGUGCUAAAUAAAUGUUUCCUGGUGCGCCAGCCUCUGGCCCACUCGAAAAGAAAACACAAAUUAUCGGAGAUACGGAUAAAGACAAUUGAAUGGAGGGAAGUAGAGAGAAAGAGAAAAAGUCAUGCAAAGUGAAAUUGAAGGCCAGUAGGUAUGACGCGGGCGCACCUUUGGCAAACAGCUGUGUUCAAGUGUGAGACAGAGGGAAGGAUAGUGUGGGGGGAUGGGAGUAAGAUAACGGAAGAAGGAGAAAGAUGUGUCAGUGGCGAUGAAAGACUAUUGAUAAAGCAGCAUCGUGUAGCUAAAAACAACACAGAGACGUUCAUCCUUGUAUCUAUCUGUUUGUUCUACAACAGCGAAAGGUGAUCAGAAAAUUGAUGACACACCAAGCUGGCCACUCACAACAUCAACGUUUAUCUCUCCUUCGAUGGGAGCUAUCCUUCUUCGCUAGCGCCUCGCACACACCUCCAUCGCCGAUGCGACGUUUCGACAAACAAGGAAAGCUACUACGUUUUAUAGUUUCAAAAGCUGCGUGUGAUGGCUUUUUCUUUUUGCUCGAGACCUACAGAACGGAUAUUUAUUCCGCCCUUUGCUUCCGUAUUGAGAGGAUGGCACGUUCAUGAGCAAGAGCUAGCCAACAGAGGACCAAUACGAUCUAAACUCACUACGUUGCCACGAAACAACACAGAUGAUGUGAUAGGCGUCGGCCAGACGAUUAACAAUUUUGUUCCUUUGUCAGCGGAUCAAACGAUACCUCCCGUUUAAAAGCCUCUUAUCUGGGCUCGGAGCCUCGGUGAAGGUUCCAUCGGGAGGCUCUAGACACUUUGUUUAUUACCGGAUAGUAAUUUUUAAUUGUAAAUCAUCAAACUCUUCCAGAAUGGAGUAAAUGAUUCUAGUUAGCAUUUUAUAUGAUCUCUUUCUCUCAAUAUGUACGAUUAUUAUUACUAUUAAUGCUAUUUGCAACCUGUGCCCUGUAUUUUUGUAUAUUUUUUGUCUGCAGUUAUGUCUACUCUUUACCCUUUCGCUUGUUUCUUUUACAAUGUCAAAGGUUUAGAUGUAAAUUAUCGGUAUUUAAAUACAUCGGGCACUCUGAUUUUUCUUUCUUUAUAUUUUAACGUGAUUAAUUUCAUCGAAUCGGUAGGCAAAUUUUUUAUCCGAAUUUCUUUUCCGAUUAAAAAUUUUACGGUUGUCCAUAAUUUAACGACAUAUUAUGUACGUUGCUUUUACAUUGUAAAAAAUCUUGUAUAUUCAACCGUAGUUGUUGAGUUUAUUGGCAAAUAUAUGGUUAAUUUGAAUCGAGAAAUCGAGGAAAAAUUGACACUGGCGUUUAUUAGAUGUAAAGAGGCAAAUAUUUCAAAAAUGCUAGAUAAAAUGUAUAGUAAGCGUAGUCAAUUAUAGUAAGAACUAUUCAUCGUUUUCCGUAAUUAACUGUUAAAGAUCGAAAGAAAAUAAAAAAAUCAUGCCGCUCGAGCUGAAUUAUGGGCAACCAGAGACAACAAUAAUCAUCGUUUAGUACUAUACUGGCUUCCUGAUCCUCCAACUUAGUUUUUAUCAAAGUUCUUGAAUCUAAUAUCCUAAUACUACACUAAUGACGACGAUAAUGAAUAUUCAUGCCAUACAUGUUCUGUGAUAAGUCCAUUGUAACAAUUGCAACUGUAUCUUUACUCCUGCUCUUGAAACUUAACGCCACGUCCUAAUUAGUCGAUCCUGGCAGCCAGUGAAAAUAUCCAUUAAGUAUCGACCUCUGUCGGACGGCCCCAUAAAAUAGAAGUCGUUGAAGUCUCUGAUGUACAUAAUAUCUAUAUUUUGUAAGAAUCAACACAGCUUAAGCACAAUAUGCAAUUGAUUGAUAACUCUUAAUUUUACCAUAUCGAUUAUUUUCCAAAUCGCAUGUUCCUUCUUCUAAAAGACUAACGUUUUUUAGUUUGCGCAAUGUGAUAGUUAAAUUUUCGACUUAGUAAUCGCUACGUGUGUAACUAUAAGAGUUCUGCAAAUUAAGAUUGAGUCUUGCAUAAAGCGUCCAUGUAUAUGAAUUUACGUUUAUUAAACUGAAGUUUGUUGAAAACAAAAAUGCUUAGGAACGUGCGUAUAUAUAAUUUGAAUUUUCAUUUAUUUGUAUGAUAAUUAUAUAUUCUGGGACUGUCCGACAAAUAAUGAAAAAUUUUGUAAUAAUCAACGAUCUUCUUAAAUGGUAAUAUUGUUCGAAUGAAAGUUAUUGUUUAAUGACACCGAUCUGCAGCAAGAAUAUAUGAGCGUAUGACUGGAUAAUUUGAUAAACUAAGUACAAGUAAGACAAAUGUUACCUCAUCAUGGAAAUCAGUACUAGUGAACUAUGGAUUGCCGAUGUUUCUUUGUCCAAUGCACUUCCAUGUUUAUGUUGCAUUUAACUUUGAAGCCUUUUGUUAAGAACAUUACGACAACGGCAGUCCCUGGUGCAAAGCACUGCUCAUCAGAACCAGCUCAUACAUUCAUUUUUCCAUUAUUUUAAGUCAUUGCACCACAUCAAAUAAAUUACAUUUUCAUUAUAAAAA